AUGUACCAUCUGGCCAAGUCGCUCUAUCUAUACGCAACCAGCAAGGAGGAAUACUCUGUCCUCCUCCUCGGCCUCGACAACGCGGGCAAAACAACCCUCCUCUCCCAAAUCAAAGCCCUCUACCUGCCCCAACCAGAUGGCGCACCACCACAAAAUGUCGGUCGAACCGUGCCCACCGUCGGACAGAACGUAGCCACAAUCCCGCUCCAGGACAUGUAUCUGAAGAUAUGGGACGUGGGCGGGCAAACGGGGAUACGUGGGCUAUGGCAGAGUUAUUAUUCGAGUUGUCAUGCUAUUAUCUUUGUGGUUGAUUCUACGGAUGUCGGAGAAGGGCUGGAGGAUUUUACCAGCACUCAAGAGGAUGGGGGCAAUGGAAGACUAGGAGAGUGUAAACAGGUGCUGGAAUCGGUGUUGCAGAAUGCGGAUGUUGCUGGGGUGCCGAUUCUCGUGUUGGCGAAUAAACAGGACCGGGAGGAUUGUGUGGAGGUGGUCAGAAUAAAAGAAGGGUUUGUGAGGCAGGUUUUUGAGGGGGAGAAGGGCGCUGGCGUGAGGGAUAGUCGUGUCUUGCCUGUUAGUGCAUUGCUGGGGACGGGGGUUCGGGAGGCGGUUGAGUGGGUGCAGAGUCGCGUGAAGUGGAAUAAAGAGGGACGACCCCCGGUGAUGCGGUGA